AUGGACGGGAGCACGGUGCCGCAGCGCGGCCCGGCAGUCGACUCAUCAAGCGCUUUCAUUCUUCUCAUCACCAUCUUUGCCUUUUUCCUGCCCAUCCUCCUCUACUUCCCGCCAAUCCGCAGCCUCUGGAUCUACCCGCUCAAAUCCUGCCGCGGCAUCAAAGUCCACCAGAGCAAGGUCCUCCCCACCGGCCUGGAGUUCGACCGCCUGUACACCUUCGCCCAGCUCAAGAGCCCCUUCCCGGUCAGCCUACAAUCCCCCUCCCCCGAAAAAGAAGCCCACGCCUGGCACUUCAUCACCCAGCGCCAGUUCCCGCUGCUCGCCACCGUCUCCGUCGACCUCUUCACCCCGGACCCCGCCAAAACCCGCGGCAGCGUGGGGGACUCCUCAGCACCAGCCCCAGCCCCCUACCUCCUCGUACGCUUCCCCUGGCGGGAGCGCGGGGUCCGCGGCGCGCUGGGCUGGGCGGGCGCGAAGCUGGCGCGCGGGUGGCGCGCGCGGCCGGAGAGGGAGUUUGUGCUGCCCGUGGCGUUCCCGUCGCCCGACGAGAUCGCCGCGCGCGGCUAUGCCCGCGAGGAGGUCGCUGUCUGGCGGGAUGCUGUGCCCGCUCUGAACAUGCGCGCCGACCUGCCGCCGGAGCUGGCGCUUUAUCUCGGGGUGAGCAAUACGCUGGGUUUGUUUCGGGUUGAUCCGGCGUGCUUGCGUGCGGUGCGGCGGUGUGCGCCGUCGAGGGCCGAGGCGGGGUAUCAGCCCGUUACGGGGUUUCAGGAUGCGUAUCCGCUGCAUCUCCUGAACCUGACCAGCGUUCGGGAUUUUGAUGCCAAGAUCGAAAAGGACGAGGAGCUCCGGGAGCUAGACCCCAGGCGGUUUCGGGCUAAUAUCAUCGUGGACGGCGAUGAGAACCCCUAUGACGAAGAGACGUGGAAGAAGGUCCGGUUUAACCCGGGGCCCAGCAACAAGCGUGACGCCUCGACGUUCCAUGUAUCUUGCCGAACUGUCCGCUGCAAGCUGCCUAAUGUCAACCAGGAGACUGGCUUUCGACACCCAGUCCAGCCGGACAAGGCCCUGAGGAAGUUCAGGGAGGUUGACGAAGGCGCGAAACACAUGGGUUGUCUGGGCAUGCAGGUCACGCCCCUAUUUCCCACUGAGGAUCUGGAGAGUUGGGUCGAGGUUGGAAUGGGCCACGACGACGGGGCAUAUGCUAGACACAUGUAG